UUCAACUUUGUGUCGUUUUUAUCAAACCACAAGAAACUCCUUACUCCUUUCCCUUCUUUCAAACCUUUCUUCACAUCCCUCUUCCUUCAUUUAUUUUAUUAAAAUUAAAUAAAAUAAACAAACUGUUCAACUUCGGCUCCUCACCGUCCGAUACGUUGACUCUAACCGAUCAGUCAACUUGAACCUCCACAUCCAACGGCCAUGGGUCACUGUUACAGCCGGAACAUCUCCGCCGUCGAGGACAACGAGAUCCCCGAAGUAUCGAACCAACCGCCGCAAAACCACCGCCGUGCUCCGUCUCCUCUCCCCUCCGGACCUCCGGAAGUCAACUCCUACUCCGUCAGCCCGUUUCAAAGCCCGUUACCGGCCGGAGUAGCUCCGUCGCCGGCGAGAACUCCGGGACGGAAGUUCAAAUGGCCGUUUCCGCCGCCUUCCCCCGCCAAACCGAUCAUGGCGGCUCUGAGACGGCGGAGAGGCGCCCCGCCGCGGCCGAGGGACGAGCCGAUCCCGGAGGACGGCGAGGAGGCGGAGGGAGGAGGAGAAAGCAGCGGCGGAGAGAGGUUGGAUAAGAACUUUGGGUUCGGGAAGAACUUUGAAGGGAAGUACGAGCUGGGGAAGGAGGUGGGGCGAGGGCAUUUUGGUCAUACUUGUUGUGCUAAGGCUAAGAAAGGGAAGAUGAAAGGUCAAACUGUGGCCGUUAAGAUCAUUGCUAAAGCUAAGAUGACAUCGGCUCUGUCCAUUGAAGAUGUUCGGAGAGAAGUGAAACUGUUGAAAGCUUUAUCUGGACAUAGGCAUAUGGUUAAGUUCUACGAUGUAUACGAGGACGAUGAUAAUGUCUUUGUUGUUAUGGAGUUGUGUGAAGGUGGAGAGCUAUUGGAUAGGAUUUUAGCUAGAGGUGGUCGAUAUCCUGAAGUCGAUGCUAAACGUAUUCUUGUACAGAUUUUAUCUGCAACUGCAUUUUUUCACCUCCAAGGUGUUGUGCACCGUGAUCUAAAGCCGGAGAAUUUUCUCUUUACCAGCAGAAACGAGGAUGCAAUCCUCAAGGUCAUAGAUUUUGGCUUGUCUGAUUUCAUUAGAUACGAUCAGCGUCUCAAUGAUGUUGUGGGAAGUGCAUACUAUGUUGCACCUGAAGUUCUGCAUAGGUCUUACAGUACUGAAGCAGAUAUGUGGAGCAUUGGUGUCAUAAGUUACAUAUUACUCUGUGGAAGCAGACCUUUCUACGGAAGAACUGAAUCUGCGAUUUUCCGCUGUGUGCUUAGAGCAAACCCUAAUUUUGAGGAUAUGCCGUGGCCUUCAAUAUCUCCUACUGCUAGAGACUUUGUGAAAAGGCUUCUGAAUAAGGACCAUAGGAAACGAAUGACAGCUGCUCAAGCCCUAGCUCAUCCGUGGUUACGUGAUGAAAACCCUGGAUUGCUUCUUGAUUUCUCGAUCUACAAGUUGGUCAAGUCCUAUAUUCGUGCCUCACCUUUCAGACGAUCAGCACUUAAGGCUCUCUCCAAAGCUAUACCCGAUGAUGAGCUUGUGUUCCUUAAGGCACAGUUCAUGCUCCUGGACCCUAAAGAUGGUGGCCUAUCUCUUAACUGCUUCACUACGGCUUUAACAAGAUAUGCUACUGAUGCAAUGAUGGAGUCAAGGCUUCCUGACAUUUUAAACACGAUGCAACCAUUGGCACAAAAGAAACUGGACUUUGAAGAGUUCUGUGCGGCUGGGGUCAGCGUUUACCAACUGGAAGCUCUUGAAGAAUGGGAACAGAUUGCAACUUCAGCGUUUGAGCACUUCGAGCAGGAAGGGAAUAGAAUCAUAUCCAUCCAAGAACUCGCCGGGGAGAUGAGCCUGGCACCAAAUGCAUAUCCUCUGCUCAAGGAUUGGAUCCGGAGUUCGGAUGGAAAGCUGAGUUUCUUGGGCUAUGCUAAGUUCUUGCAUGGUGUGACCGUACGAAGCUCGAGCUCAAGACCUAGGUGACACAGAUGUCAUGACUAGAGUCUUCUAACGUGUGAAUCAAUUCUUGAGAAGCACCCCAAAGGACGUAGCGGUCAUCGACCUUGGGUUCAAAAGACGCAACAUAUACUGGAAGUGGAAGCUAGGUGCUUUCUUUGUAAAUGAUUCUUUGAGCAUUCUGGUUUUUAGAGGAACCACACCAAAAAAAGAGAAAAACAUAUUUUUAUAUUAUAGGAGGAACUUGGAGAGGUGUUUUUUUUGUGGAUCAGUUUGCAUAAUCGAUUAUACUUCUCAGGUGCAUUCCG